AUGUAUUGCAUGAACUCGGAAUCGUUCUCUAAUCCGGCCAUAGUCUCCGGCGCUAGCACCACCUCGAGAUCCACACUCCCGUUCCCCUCCCGACCAGGAAAUGCCGAUAUCUUCCCGUCGAACUUAUUCGCCCGACCGCUCCUCACGGCCAUCGGCCUCCCCCACCCAAAAUCAUUGUCGUACAUCGGAAACCUCGGAGAACUCCCCAUCGUAAUCAUGGCCCCGUCGAAAUUUCCCAGCGGGAAAAGUCUCGGGUUUUCUUCCCACUCCUUAAUCCCGGCUCGAACGGUUGAGUCGUCGUGCGCCAACACGUUUCGGUGGAGCCGCCCGGCAACCCAACCGAGCCCGUUGGAGAGGAGUUCCCCGACUGCUGCAGCAGUCGGGAUGCUCUGGAUUGCAGGGUCGAGCCGCGGCUCGAGCCGGUGGCGGCAGUUGACGGCCAUCCGGAAAGUGGUCGUUUUUUCGGCGGGUAGGUUUCGGGCGCGAGUCACUGACCGCCAGAGCUGGGCGGACAGGGACUGGAAAGAUGAGAUCUCGACCGUGGGAUCUGAUUUGACUACGGAUCUCGGGCUGAAGACCAGGGCUGUUGGCCUUGGCCUUGAGCUGGAGGAUGGAGUCGCGAGAGAAGUGGAAGAUUUUUUCACGAAGGGGCUCGUCGCCGGAGAAGGUGGCCGAGGGGCCGCCUUCCGAGUCGAAGACGGUGUCUCGCUUGAAAGACGGCGGCGGCGGCCGGGGGAUCUGCGUGGUGGAGGCGGCGGCGGUGAUGGAGGCGAAGGUGUUGAAGAAGUUCCAGAAGGAGGUGCCGUCGACGACGGCGUGGUUGGCGGCGCAGCCGACGAAGAGGGCACCGGAGAGCUCGGUGACCUGGACGGCGAGGAGGGGGCGGCUGUGGCCGGCGUGNAGAGGGUGCGGGAGAGGGAGAGCUUGAGGAGGGGGAUGAGGUCGGCGGAGGGGAGGGGCGGCGCGGGGAGGAGGACGCCCUUCUGGAUGUACUGGCAGGAGAGCAUCGGGAGAUCGGAUACGGAGAGGCGCAGGGAGGAUAGGGUGGACCGCUGGUCCGGGUAUAUGGUGCAUUUCGAGAUGAUUAUUACUGAAGAAGACAGCAUCGUUUUCGUAUUUUAG